AUGGAGUUGGGAAAUUUUCUAAAAGGAUGUGAUAAUGAGAAGGAGGGGAAGACUUUAACAUUGAUGGACCUACCGGAAGAUGUCACCAUCGACAUCCUUAUGAGACUGCCGGUAAAAUCACUUUGUUGCCUCGAGUGUGUCUCUAAGACCUCUUUGAACAGCCCUCAGUUUGCUGCACCGCUCACUCGACGUUUAUAUAACUUGUCUUCUGCUGUUGAAGUGCCUCAACUUAUGCUUCUUGCACAAUACUCUACUGGACUGCAUCGUGCAAUAAAUUUGCAGUCAUUGAAGUACAAUGGCAGUAACUGCUCGACGAAGACCAAUUUUGCUGAUCUUGUCUUCACAGAUUAUUUUUAUAACUACGAUGUAGAAUUUGUCUUCGGCAAUUUGUUUGGAAUUAGUAGGAGACGGAUGGUCAGAAAAGAGCUGUGCUACUUGGUCAAUCCUCUUAGGGGAGAAGUACUAAAGCUCCCAGUGAGUGAUGUCAAAGUUCCAAUCUCUAAUAGCUUUGAUCUAUGCAAUUAUGACCGGUACGGAAUGGGAUUUGAUCAUGUAAGUCGUACCUACAAGAUUGUUCAUAUUUCCAGAAAUGCGCCAAGAAGAAACACUAUGACCGAAUAUGCAAGAGUUCCAGCAACAUAG